AGUCCACACCAAUUUCAGUUGCAUUGACUUCGAGCGACGAAUAAGCUAAAAAUGUGUAAAAUAAUUGUUCAACUGCUGAGUUUUCUGUGCAUUAUUUUGUGCAGCGCACAAACAGUGCACUCCUGCCAAUUAUUUGUGCGUGACCCGUCCCCACUUUUCUCAAAAACAUUCGGCUCAAAAAACAUCACUUUCAGAUCCACCGAAAACCAUAUAAAGCUUAACAAGGGUGAAUCUAUACAGGCAUACUGCGGUAGUGGCAUAGUCGUUACAACAAACUACAAUGACCAGAGACACAAUCAGUACAAAAUGGCUUCAUUUUUUUGUGAUGAAAAUAAUUAUAUUCAGAUCAGAGGACUAGAUUUUGACAGUACAGAAGAAUAUACAAUCUAUUGCUCCUCGUCAUCUAGUUCAAGCCUUUACGAAAGCAAAAAAAAAUUGCCUAAUUGUGAUGAAGCCCUGAGCUAUGGAAUUGGUGAAAAAAUUCCCUUAAUAGGAACGAUUAUUAAGCUUGCGAUAUGCUAUGACAUUGAAACAUUUGAAUUGAAGUAUGCCAACUACAUAGCAUACGAGAAAAAGGAUAUUUUGAUUUCUCCCGAGCAAAGUGUAAAUAGCAAACUGGGGGUGGAACUCGAACAAAAGGUUGACGAUCUUCAAAAUUACUUCGAUUUUAUGAGUCAACAAUCUUUUAAUAUCUCCAGAGAUAGGGAACCAAAUACAUUUUUCAGAGCUUUCAGCUUUGAUUUUGAAAGCAUUCUUCAAGAUGAACAGUUACGCAAACAGCUCGAUAAAUGGACUUAUAUUUUUAAUAUAAUGUGGUGGAGCCAAUUGCGCCAAAACAAUUGGCGUUUUUUCCUCGAUGCCUUAAAGGAACGGGCAAAUUCUGAAAAAUAUAUGGUGUUUGUUGGAUCUUACGGGAACGCAACUAUGCCCAUAACAAGAAGCUCUAGCGACCCACCGGAGGAGUUGGCAGUGCAAUCAUAUGGCUUAAAAGUUUCGGCGCCAAUGUUCGUCUGGGCAUAUGUGAAAUUACUUUCACCCAGUAAGGCAGAGGAAUUCGUAUUAAUCGGACACAAUUCUCCCUACAUGGAAUCUCCAGAUCAUACCGAAUUUUGUACGACUGAUAUUUGUGAUAGUAUUUUAUGGCUGAAGGAAAGUAAAUUUGGCCAUCUUCGGCGUGUACCCACAUUGGGCUACACGUUUUGUUGUCGGGCAGAAGAGGUAGCGAAGAUAAUAGAUAAUUUUCCUAUGCCUAAAGGAGCACUCGAAACAACCACCGCAGCUGCCGUAGACCUUACCACGUCAAUGACAUUUUUAUAAUUUUUAUGUCUUUUUUAAUAUUUGAGCUACUUAAACUUUAAUAGAGUUCUGAAUUGAAUAAUAGCGGUGAAUUAUAAUAAAUUAAAAAAAUUUAAUAAAACGUUAGCGAUUUCCCAAA